UUGUCAUGUAAUGUAUGAACAGUGCAAACAAUAUCCAUAUGAGAGAAGACAACAUCCAUACGAAAGGCGCCAAAAGUUGUGGUCAAUUGUUUGAUGAAAAUAAUUGAAGAAAAUAUGGCCAAAUGUCCGGUGGUCUACAAGAAUGACCGAUUUAUUAUCAAAGAUCAUAACUUCGAUACACAAUACUAUCCGUAUUACAAUUCAAGACGCGAACAGAUGAAGAAUUUUAUCAAAGACACUGUUGACCACAAAUGGGGAUCCGAUGUCAAUAUAUUAAGUCUACAAAAUUUGGCUGAAAGGAGUGAACAACAGGCGGCCAACGAUAAGGUGAUAAUUUUUGGUGUAUUGUUCAAGAAGGCCACGAAUCAGCCGUCAAUUCUCAAAGAGAUUAGUGAUGACAAUCCGGUUUUGGGCCAACCGUUACCCGAGAAAUACAUCUCUGAUGAAGACACGCUUUGGUUACAAUCAGACAACGAGACUAUCGAAGUAUUAAGAUUGGAUGUACACAACCAUUGCACCGGUAUUUGUGUGGCACUGAAAGGUGUCGAAGACGAGAGUCGGUCAGCGUUUCUCGUCGAAGAUGUUUGUUAUGCGAGUAUUUGGAGCGAACAGAUGACAAUUGACAAACCUAUUGCACCUAAAGAUCAAUACAUAGCACUGGUUUCUGGUCUGGGAUUUUCAAAGUUCAUGAAAGAUAACCAAAGUUUAACCAAAGCGUUGAAUAUUAUGAUCGAUAUAUUGAAAGGAAAUUCAGAAUUUGCCAAAAACAAGUCAAUCGCACGGCUUAUAAUUGCCGGCAAUGCCAUCGGUACGGACGCCCGAAAACAAGAGGUAGACAAUGAGUUGGAUAAGAAACUUCCGCUCUGGAACCAGAAGAUCAGGGCUCAGACACUACACGCCAUCGCACUGUUCGAUGCAUUUCUGGCCCGUUUGGGACAAUUCAUUCCCAUUGAUUUUAUGCCCGGAUCACUGGAUCCGACGACACAAUUUUGGCCACAACAGCCACUUCAUCCAUGUAUUUUCAAGAAAGCAUUUUCACUGUCAUCAGUCAAAUGUGUAACAAAUCCGCAUUUAGCCGAAUACAAUGGCAUUGAAUUAUUGGGCACUUCGGGCCAGAAUAUCAACUCAAUUCGAGAGUACACUAAAAUGAAUGAUUCGAUUGAAAUCAUGAGAAAAACCAUGGAAUGGCUUCACUUGGCGCCCACCUGUCCCGACACUAUGUUAAGCUAUCCAUUCAAUACUACCGAUCCGUUUGUCAUAACCAACUAUCCCGAUGUCUAUUUUGCUGGCAAUCAGAAAGAGUUCAAUACCGGAUCAUUUGAUGCACCAAACGGUAAGAAAGUAUUGCUUAUAUCUGUUCCCAAAUUUGAAGACAAAAUGGUUUGCGUACUAUUGAAUACUACAUCAUUGAAAUGUGAUAUCAUUGCAUUGGAUUAA